AUGGAGAAGAAACCACCACUGAAGAUUUAUAUGAAUACGGCGAGGGUUUAUACGGUUGUGCCGACUAUUAUGUUUGGGUUGCUCGGGCUAUCCCUCUCCAGUUGCUGCUUCUACAUUCUAUAUCGUAAUCCAUUAAUUUCGUGGGCCGUCAAGUGCUAUCUCGUUUUCGACAAUUGCUGUCGAUGCUACGAGGCCGUGAAUUGUCUAUUUCUUGUACACUGUGUUAUUACUUGGUGGUGCGUUGAUACUUCUGGAUCUCCCUUUAACGGUAUCUUCUUCAAUUCCCUGGUCACUUCCAUCAAUUUGGGCAUGCUAUAUUCGAUGCAAUUGUUGGGGAAUGCCCUUUCAUUAAAUAGAGUUUUCGCCGUAUUUUUCAACGGUCGCUAUUAUAAAACCAUGGAACAAUUUGCUUUUCCGCAUGCGUUAAUCUCAUGGCUAUUACCGAUUGCCGUCUAUUUGUUUCAAAUGGGCAAUAUAAUGAACCCUUUAACCGGCUACAUUUGCUAUGGUGGCUGGUGGUUCAGCCCCCAAGAGUAUGUCAAUAAUAGCUGGUAUACUUGGGCCGGCCAGCUGGGAGUAUUUCUGGUUUCUGAUCUCGACAAGGUGUUGUAUGGUGUAUUUGGCAUUACCCUCAUUAUGGAUGCUAUCACUCUAUGGAGGUUAAUGGUAACCCACUUGGUGACGGUCACCUUCCUAUUCGGCAAUUUUAUCGCGAACUAUGUUAUCCAAAACUCCUUCCCCAUUAUAUACUUUUCCGUGUUGGAAAUUGUCCCAUUUACGGGACACGCCAUGCUCACGCUUAUUGUCAUCCUGUUCAACAUCCCGCCAAAAGCGAGGACCGAGAAAGCGGCUAACGUUACUGUUACCAAUUUUGGGAGUGGCAGAAAUGACACUACAAAGAUUACUAGAAUUGAA